AUGGAUAACCAAUCUAACUCAAAAUCAAAAUUUUGUCCUCACAAUGAAACUGAUAAUAAAAGAUCUUUUUUUUCAGAGGAUGAAGCUGACAUAACUCCUAUGCUUCCCUAAAUAGCUAAACCUUCUAAAUUUUCUAAGGGGGAUACUCUUCCCUUCUAAACUGAUGAUUCAGAUAAUACUCCAAAAUAAAUACAUACUCCUACAUCACCAAAAGGGUAAAAUAAGUUAUCUAAGUUCAAAUAGAAGGAUCAUCAUAUUGAAAAAGAUUCUGAUAUAUAAUUUGAUUCUGAAGAGGAAAAAAGAAAAGAAGAAACAAAUAAUUUUACUACUAAUAGUAAGACAUUUAAUGAGAAUGAGGGAAUAGAAAAUUAAUUCUAAUAAAAAUGUUCAACGCCUAAAUUAAGUCAUUUACAUCCACUAAUUUCUAAAUCUAAUUCUUCAAAACAAGUUGUUUAAAGCAAAAAUUUUAAUAUCAAAGAUCAUCCAUUUAAACAUCUUAUUUAUGGAAGACAUGUUAAUUACAAUACUUUUAUGAGAUUCUUAUAAAUUGUAUAAAGUGGUUUGGUUUAUGCUUGUAAUUCAUUAAAAGGUCCUUCUGAUAAAUUUUUGAAAAGCAGAUUUGUCAGACUUAAAGAAUCCAAUAAUAGAAAAUAAAAAAUCUUAGUAUUAGAUUUAGAUGAGACAUUAAUCCAUAGUUGCACACAUAGAGAUUUCCCUCAUAUCACAAUUACAAUUCAAGAUGAUGAUGAAUCUAUUGAUGUAUUUAUUCUAUUUGUAAAAUUUAGAUAACAUUUAAUGUAAGACCAUAUUGUAAAGAGUUUAUAAAGGAGAUGUCAAAUUACUAUACAAUUUAUUUAUUUACAGCCUCUUCAGAAACAUAUGCAAAGGCUAUAGUAAAUCAUUUGGAUCCAAAACGAUAAUACAUCACAGAUGUUUUAUGUAGAAAUAAUUGUUUUGAAACUAAAAAUGGUUUCUUCAUAAAGGACUUAAGAAUAAUUACAAAUAGAGACUUAAAGGAUAUAGUAAUAAUAGACAAUCUACCACAUUCUUUUGGAUUAUAAUUAGAAAAUGGAAUUCCAAUAUUAGAAUGGACUUAAGAUCCAAAAGAUGAAGAAUUAAAAUAUUUAUAACAAUAUCUUAUUGAAUUGAGUAAAAAAGAAGAUGUAAGAACAUGUAAUAGAGAGAAAUUAAAAUUACUUGAUUUAGUUGAUUUUAAACUUAUAAUUUGA